AUGAAACAGCUGAAUUUGACUUUUAGCCAGUGAAUUAUCAAGCGAAGAAAAUUUGAACGUUGAUAAAUUAGAAGACACAAUGCCAUGGAUUGCUGUUAUUCCAAUAGAAAUGGAAGUCUUGCAGCAGAAAAAGAACUUCCAAACAUCUCUAGUCCAGAGAUGUUCAACAGUGAUGACGAAGAUGAUCAGCAAAAGAAUGAAACAUUAGAAGAUGAGACAGUGGCAGUGCCAGCUAGUCCUGAGAAACCUUCUCAAGCUGACUUAGUUGCUACAUCUGAUAAUAAUUUAUUAGCCAAAAUCAAUAAAUUUUUAAGUGGAGUACCACCACCACCUAAGCUUACAAUCUGUAGAACUGAUUGUUCAGAAUUGCUGUUACAUAUUUAUGAAAAUCGCCAUCUGUUUUGGACACCAAAUGUAUUGCCACCAGAGAAACAAGCACAACCUGAUAUAAGGCAAGAAUCUCCAGAACAACAGAAAGAGAACAUUAGUACAAAUAAUUCUUAUCAGCGUACCAAAAGCACAUCUAGAAAUUUGUCUAAUGCUUUCGAUGCAUGUGAUCCACAAUGUCAAAAUAAUAUUAGUAAUAAUUUAGAAACAAAGGAUGUUAUGAGUAACAUUUCCCGUGAUAAUUUUAGAAUAGACCAAGUAGUUCCUAGUAAUAAGAACAAUGCACUGCAUGCUGAUGAAAGUACAACAAAUACUUUGAGAACUGACCAAGUACAAGUGCCUGCAACUGAAGAUAAUACAAAACAAACACUUUCCAGUUCUACAUUAGAACAAAUGCUUCUUUAUCACACUGUUGAUGAGAAAGAAGUUGCUGAUCUGACAUGGCCUGAAGCAUAUUGUCAUAAAUGUUAUGGUAUUCAUUACAACAGAAGUAGAGCAGUGGAGGAGUUUCAGAGCCUAUCAAUGAAAUUAUGUGAAAGAUAUAUAGGGGUUGAAACUCAAUCUACUUGUACUGUAUGGUUCUCUAAGCAUGCACCAGGAAGUGCUAAAAAGCGAAAUAAUUUAGCUAAACGUAAUAAUGGUCAAAGUCCAGGGAAGAGACUAAGUCAUUUGACGCGGAGGCGGAAAACAUUCUCUAGUGCGAAUUUACAGGGAUUAGCGCUCAAUAAUAAAAAACUUCUAGUUUUAAAUAUUAAGAAACCUACUGUUAAGAAAGGAAAAAGUCCAAGAGGGAAGAGUCCACGGUGUAAGAGUCCAAGGGGGACCCCCAGGAGUUCAACUAAAAAAAAAGUAGCUCGAAGACUCGCUUUAGACGGUCCUAGCCCUUUAAAAGUAAAAAUAGAGACAUCGAAGCGGGCCUUAUUUCAAAGUCCACCUGCCGAUAGAGCGGGGCCGAGUAAGUUACUCUCAACUGGAGCGAACGCUCAGAGCAUUAAGCGUGCGUUGUUCACAAGUGGGUCAAAGGAAAAUGAUUCUGAUGCAAUGGAAAAGAUAGAAGGAUCAAGAAAAAGGAAAAGCGAGGAAGAAUUGGAGGGGCCACGAUAUAAGUGGCCAAAGAGUUUAUCCUUUGACUGCACCCGUGAAUUGGUUAAUAAUACUGUAUCUCCGUGGGAUAGGCAUUCAUCUAGUAAUAUAAUUGAAAAGAAUAAGACAUCUUUAAUUGAAAGACGAACCGAACUUAGUGAUGCGCAUAGAAAGAAACUACUGUGGGCAGUAGCGGAAACUUUAAAAACUAAAGGAAUUGGCAUGACUCAUCCACACUUCAAGCAGUAUGCUACUAAUUUAGCGCGGACCAUCAAGAAAUGUAUGCCGGAUCUUGAGAAUAGAAAUAUUCCCCGCAAGCCAGGGAGUACUAGUGAUCGCAUGUUAAAACUAGCGGAACAUCAUGUUUUAUUCGUAAUCGACGCGGGACCAACCGACUGACAAUACUCACCCGCUGUUAGAUUCCAAGAAAUUGACUCAACUUUACGCAAAGGUCGUUAUUUAAAGUACGAAUUAUCGUUUGGUAUGUCGGCAUGGCAUACACUUACGGACAGUGAAUUUUAUUUAACGAAAUAUAUAAAGAGAUAUACUUGAAAUGUAUUAUAUCGAAACCACGCGUGGAGACUUAUCGACGCGCAAAUGUGUGACUGUUAAUACAAAAAAAAAAAUGUGUGAAGUAUUAGCUAUUUUUUUACUGCAUAAACGAGAAAGGUUGUUUCAAAUAUGCCUAUUUUUAUUAGCGGUAAAAUAGUAUAUAUAUAUAUUUCACAACUUAUAAAUAAUUAAUAAAAGGUGCUUCUUUGAAACAA